GCAGUAAUAUUUUAGCUGUGUUCACAGAGUGGAAGACCUCUAAUGGAUGUUGAAUCUGUGUCCUUCCCCUUCUUAGCAGCUUCCGUGAAAAAGGGAACUCUUCUUCUCUGGGAAUCAAAGGUGACCUAUAGUUUUGAAUUGAUGACGGUUCAUGUGCAGGUCCCAUGUGACAUGGCUGGGUUCCUUUUGAGAAUCAAAGCUGUUGGGAAGACUUAGCUUAUGUCGUUUUCCAAUUUCUGAAAGGCAUCCAUUUCAAUCCUCACAAAUGCCCCUCAACGUGAACUUCCUCUACCUGGGAUGGCAGAUGCAGUCAAUUAAUGGAAAUUGUAAAGCACAUGUUUUCCUUGCUAAACUUACAUAAGGAAAGUAGGUAUAUAAUCUGAAGCCAACUUCUCUAAUACUACUUUGCUAAUAUCUUAUCUUGCUUUAUGAAUGUCUUCUCCUGUUAUAUGUGAAUUUGCAAAUUGCAAUAUAUAGCUGUAAAGACCGUAUGAUCUAGUUACAAAUUGUAGCAACAGAUCUUUUUCUUUGGAAAUAUCUUUGAACCUUGGGAAGAUAUUUGUCAAACAAACGUGGUGAUGGUUG